AACAUUGCUCCUCUCACUCUCAUACAAUCUCAGCAGUACAUUUGCACAUCAUUAUGUCAAGUUCACAAUCUUUGAAGAAUAUUGACAUAAAUGUAUACUUCGGUGGACCCCUUUACAAUCCUGAAGGGAUUGACGGAUUCCCAUUUAGAGGGGAGGGUAUCGAAUGCUACUACAUGAUGUUACGUCGUAAGUUGAAGACGUUGACUGAUUUGAAGAGGAAAAUAAUGGACGAAUUGAAAUUGAACCCUGCUUGGUAUGACAUCAAGAUUAUUUAUCGUUGCCCACAAGAAGUUCUUCAUGAACGGAUAAAUUACGGGUAUAUGGCGAUUAAAGAAGAUAAACAUGUAAAGAUGAUGUUUAAUAGGAUCCAGAAAAUGCCCCAAGUAAAUGCUGCUGAGUUGUAUGUAAGUUUGGAGGCGAGUGUAGACAACAGUACUAAGGUGGUGCAAGAAACAUCUACGGCUUUACAAUUUACAACCCUAGAUGAUGGAUGCACUACAAUGGGAGGGCAUGCAAUGGGAGAUGAUGAUGAUAUUGGUGUCCAGCAUGAUACAGAUACGACCACUGGCUACAGACCUCCUGCGGACUCAUUCUACGCAAAUACUUGGGAAGAUAUGGUUGAUCAUUCGCGUCUUCAGAUACCAUUUCUUUGUACUUGGCAAGAUGGGAUGCAUUUUUGUAAAUGGUUGACUUUUGCAAAUAAAGCUGCGGUGAAGCGUGCAUUGAUAAUAUACGCAGCAAAGGAUAAUAGAAAUUUCUCCAUCCAAAGGUCGAGCACAACUCAAUUGUGCGCCGCAUGCGUUGACGACAACUGCAAGUGGUACGUUGGGGCAUACAUGAAGCCUAAAUUCAAUGGUCUGUGGAUGGUCACGUCUUAUGUGGGUUCACACAGUUGUAUACCCUUUGGGCUGCGAAGAGAUGGUAGAAUGAUGGAUUCUAAUUUUGUUGCAUCAGAAAUUGUGGGAAGAUUGCGAAAAAAGCACACUGCUACUGUUGAUGAGCUUUGGGAGAUCAUACGUACUAAGUAUGAUCAUGAGUUUUCUUACUAUAAAGUAUGGAACGCAAAACAAAAGGCAAUUGCUAAGAUUUUUGGGGAUUGGGAGGAGUCUUACCAAAGAUUGCGAAAGUUGUUGUUGGCAUACUUGGAUCAGGAUUCGGGUACCCAGUAUAGCUAUCACACCAUACCUAAGCUAUUAGAAGGUACUACGUUACUGCGCUAUGUAUAUUGGGCAUUCGCUCCAUGCAUUGCUGCAUUCCAGUAUUGCAGGCCAGUGAUUAGUAUUGAUGGAACUCAUUUAUAUGGUAAAUACAAAGGGGUAUUGAUGAUUGCAAUGGCAACCGAUGCUAAUCAAAAGGUUUUGCCUAUCGCCUUUGCUGUUGUGGACAAGGAGUCAGGGCCUAGUUGGGGGUGGUUUUUAGAGUGUCUCAGGACUUCAAUAGAGCGUGUUAUUGAAAACAAGGACAUUUGCAUUAUUUCUGACCGACAUAAAGGUAUCAAAUGCGCCAUUCGAGAGUGGCCUAGAGGGCAAGACGGAAGAGAACGGGUAUAUCAUCGAUAUUGCCUUCGACAUGUUGCUAGCAACUUCAACACACAUUUUGAUAACCCGACUUUAAAGGCAUUGGCCUUGAAAGCUGGAUAUGAGACUCAUGAUGCUAAAUUUGUGUCCAUAAUGCAAACCAUUAAGGAGGCCGAGAUUAAUUUACUAAGGGGUGUAGACCCUACUGAUCGCCGGAUUAUACGUUAUAUGCCAUACACAUAUCUAAUGAGUGAGGAUGUAGACAAAUGGACCCAGUCACAUGAUGGUGGAAGACGUUACGGGGCAAUGACAACCAAUACCUCUGAGUGCUUUAAUGGGGUUCUUAAAGGUGCCCGCGGUUUGUCCAUUGCUGCAAUGGUUAAGUUCACUUAUUUUAAACUUGUUGCAUAUUUCCACGAUCGACAUAAACAAAUUACUUCUGAUCUCUCUCGAGAUAAGGUGUGGAGUGAUUAUGCAAUGGAGAUCUAUAACAAAAAUGAGCAGAAAAUUGCAGGACACACUCUGAGGAAUUAUAAUCAUGCAGAGGGUAUAUAUCAAGUGGUUACCCCGUAUAACGACCAUAGAGCUGGAGGGGGAAAUCACAGUCAUGAUGUGCGCAUAUUUGAUAGAACCUGUGGUUGUGGAAAGUGGCAAAACUUGAAGAUCUCUUGUUCACAUGCAAUUAAAGUUCUUAAAGGUCUGCAUCUCGAUGCGCCCAGCUAUAUUGACCCAUGUUACAGUCUGAACAACGCCAUUCUCACAUAUUCACAUAAUUUUGUGGUGCCAAAGUCAGAGUCAUUAUGGACAGAUGUUCGCGGACCACGGUGGGUGCUUGACCCACAAUUGUUGCGGGCCAAAGGUCGUCCUACGAUGUCAAGAAUAAGGAAUGAAAUGGAUGGGGUACGGCGAGAACGGGGAAGCCGGAGGGAAGAUCCGGAGUUGAGGGAGAUUCAACCGAGACAACGAUGUAGAGUGUGUCAUCAAGAGGGGCAUAACCGCAGAUGCUGUCCCAAUUCCCAUGGGGCUUCGACAAGUGGUAGUGCUAUGAACUAG